AUGAAUCUCAACCUCUCGGGCUCCUUGAAUGUGUUCAAGCUGCUGGCAAAACCUUCGCUAUGCUUGCCCCAUGCGACCGUCUCCCAGUUCAGCGAUCUCCCAUAUCCCCUAAGAAAUGCCUUUCAAGGCCAAGGUGAGAAGCAGCUGCAGAUCAAGGCUGUAGUGCUAGAUAAGGAUGAUUGCUUUGCAUAUCCAGAGACCAACAUUGUACACCCACCAUAUACUGAGCGCUUCCGACAGCUGCAAGAGGAAUUCCCCGGCAAGAGCCUCGUCAUUGUGUCCAACACGGCAGGGGCUACUAGCCACGAUCGGGACGGGCGCUUGGCCAGAGAGCUCGAAUCUGCCACGGGCGUGACCGUCCUCUCUCACCGAGUCAAGAAGCCUGGGUGCAAGGAUGAGAUCAUGGCGCAUUUCCGGAAACAUCCAGAGGUGGGCGUGACACACCCAAGCCAAGUCGUAGUCAUUGGUGAUCGGUUGAUGACGGAUAUGAUGCUUGCCAACAUGAUGGGCAGCAGAGGUAUCUGGAUCAGGAACGGUGUGGCCCCUCUGGCAGAAAAGAGCAUGUUCACGAAAUUCGAGUACCGCAUGGCUGCUUUCCUCCACGCUCGAGGAUUCAAGGCACCGGACCCCUCUAGUCCCUUUGAGUAG